CUCACCUCAAUUGAAUCAUCAGGAGACCUCAUGUUCAUGGAAUCCUUCUUAUUGGUCCUUCUCUAUGUUGUGGGCUUCGGUAAGGGCGCCUCCGAUCACACUUUGGUUAUGGUCUCCCAUCGUGGAGGCUCACUUGACAUUCGUCAUGUACCGAGUAUGAUGGUACAGGCCGCCGCUGCCGCCGGUGAGAGGACACGCUUCCUCAGCCAAGACGACCUUGAGCUUGAACAGUGCCUCGCACAGACUGGCAUGGUCCAUGACUUGUCUUCUCUGGGAGUGCAGAUAGUGGACUCCAAAUGUGCGCUGAGCCACAAACAGAUAAUGGACUAUUUUGAGAAGGCUGAAGACAGCCUUGACAUCGAGGUUUUUUGCGAGGCCGAUUUUGACUUCUCGAUUGCGCCAGUUUUUGAAGAGGCUUCGGUUAUGCAAUCACGAGUAUCCACUUGUACUGGCGGCAAUCGUGUUCUUGGCACCAACGAUCCCGGCUCCUCCUGCCAGGGGAACCUCGAGGUCAUGCGCAUGGGAGCUGCCUGGCAAACAGCUCGCGCGGCCAAUCGAACUUUACGAAGGAUCGUAUUGGCAAUUCUGGACACCGGAGUGGAUAUGACUCAUCCAGAUCUUGUCAAUCAAUUCUGGAAGAAUCCGUCCGAUGGUUCUAUCGGGCACAACUUCAUCACUGACAGCGCUGAUGUAACUGACGACAAUGGACACGGUACUCAUUGUGCUGGAGCAGCUGGGGCUCAGACCAACAAUGGUAUUGGUAUUGCUGGAGUGGCAGAUGUGGAAUUGAUGAUUCUGAAGUUCAUGGACAGCACUGGCGAAGGUUCCCUUCGUAACGCUUUGAAAGCUCUUGAUUAUGCAGUCCGGAUGGGUGCUACAGUCUCCUCACAUUCAUACUUCUCCCCUCAUUCCAGCCGCAUCUUCCAGAGAGCCAUCAGGAAUGCUGCUGACCUCGGACACAUAGUUGUUGCUGCUGCCGGGAAUGAUGAUCUGAAUCUGGAUCAGUUCCCAGCAUACCCUUGUUCCUAUGCACCAUCGAUCCCGUCCUUGCUUUGUGUCGCCGCUAGCACUUCGACAACAGCUUCACCGGUAUCGAUCGCCUCCUUCUCUAACAUAGGCUCUGCUGUUAACAUUGUUGCUCCCGGCGUCAACAUACUCUCGACGUACCUUUUAGGCUCGUAUGCUUAUCUCAGUGGUACAUCGAUGGCCACCCCUCAAGUUGCCGGCGUUGCUGCAUUACUGGCUGCAUUGGGCUUGGGUGGACAGAGGAUCACAGACUCUAUAACACGGUCUCGUACCGCAACCCUGAGCAACCGGUUAAAUUUGAAUAACCUGGGGGAAUUGGACGCUUUGAAUGCGGUCAAUAUCGGUCUUGGACAGCCGACCAGCCCUCCGACGCCGCCAUCUAGCGCGAGAUUCUCAACGCUUAUCUCCGCGUGGAGUCUUGGGCUCUUAUUUGUUAUAACGGAGCGAUUCGCUUUCUAGCGGUGUUGCUGCAACAUGUACUCUUUGGAAUACAUUGCCCACGAGGCCACUUUUUUAACUCACAA